GGAGAGAAGUACUUUCAGACUUGCAUGAUUCUGUUACUGUAACCUUACAAUAAAGGUAGUGCUAGUACUCAUGGUUGGUGCUUUUGCUUAGGACUAUCUCUAAGGGCUGACACAAGGCUUCCAGUUGCCUCUCUCCUAGGACAUGGGUCUUGGGAACAUCCAAGAAUGGUAAUUCUUGGUGCUGGACUGGCAGACUGCCAUUCUCCAUAACUUGUCAACUUUUUUUUCAUCUCCAGAGCAAAGAAGGAACUCUGGGCAUCACUUGCAACCUAUAAAAAUAGUGGUCCUUCUGUUCUGAAGUAUUUGCUUACCUGGAUGAGAGUGGAAGGAAAUGAUACCCGCAGCUGCCUUUGGGCUAGCUGUUGUAGUGUUGCAGGCUGUGUUCAGAAAAGCUCUGCCAGAGAUUGCAAGGGAAUUCGAUUCUGGAAACACCUGGAACUUCCUGAUGGACCCUGGUAGCAGUCUCAAGGGUGUUGCCCUGUUGGCCAGGGCCUUGAUGCACACAAAGAAUCCCCUUUUAGAUGGGCUACUCCAUCGUCUCCGUUCUUCUCUGAAGUCCUCCAGAGCAACAUCUAGGGAUCUUAGCUUGGCCUUCUGCAUGGAGCUUAUAGGUCAUCCUCUCCUGAAGAAACUGGAAACACUGAACCUUCUUUUGCAUCUAUUACUGACCCAAGUUCAAAAUGGAAAUUGUCUUAUGCGCAUCUUGUCAGUACGAGGGCUGGGGAACAUGGCAAAGGGUGCUCCAAAGGAGACAAAGAAGUACCAGAAAGCUUUGCUGAAGCCCCUUCUCCAAGCUCUGGGUGACACCUCCAGCCCAGAAUUGGUCACUGAAAGUCUACAUGCCUUGUGCAAGUUAUGCAGAUGUCUUGGGAAAUGGCCUGCGGAUUGUACUUUCCAGAUCAUGGUUAGCCAAGCCUGUGCGCAUCUCCGACAUGCAGAUGAUGCUGUCCGUGCUGCAGCCUUUGAGCUGCUUGGUGAACUGGCCAAGACAACUCCACUGAGGCUUUCCAAGUUUUUUGCCAAGGAGGUGGAAGGUGCUUUGGCUGCCCUCCUGUUGCACUUCCGGGAUCCUUGUCCUCAUGUGGUCCAGGCCUGCCAAACUGCCUUUGCCUCAUGUGCCCCAUUCAUGGGCCUGCAUGGGCUCUUAAAGAGUACAGAUGCAGAUUUACUGCCGAUGGACAUCUCGGACACACAACAUUCCCACCUCAUGGGCACAGUUUGUCAGCAGCUGGCUCAGAGAAACCCACUGCUGAUGGAAGCUGUCAUGGCAGGAGUGGCUCAGUAUAUAUGCUGUAGCUGGGAAGAGAUCAGGCUUGUGGCUUGCAAGCUGGCAGGAAUCCUUGUAGAGAAGGUGGAAACCCAGCACCUUGGACCAUUUGGGGUAGAACAGCUCUUACAAGCUCUAGACUCUGUGAGUCGUGAUCCCAGUGCCACUGUGAUCAGCGCAGCCUUGGAAGCUACUCACGUCAUCCAGCAGAAAUGGCAGGAGAGCCAGGUGAGGUUGGCCUCUGGACAGCAAAGGAGAGCUGUGCUUUUGGGAUGGUUCUUCAGAAGACAGCCCAAAGACCCCCUGGGAGCUGCAAGGCCUAGGCCAGCUUAAAGACAAGAACCAUCAGAAAAGAAGCAGAAAUGGAAAUAU